AUGACACACUCUUUCCAUGUGUUUUUGUCGGAACGAAACAAUUACGAUAUGGACAUUCCUUCAUCACCUGGCAAGUUCAAGAUGGACAAAAGAACAAGAUGGCAUAAGUCCCUACCAAAGUUAGCAUUUUGGUCCAUUCUGUUUUUCGGUGUCAUAUAUUUCCUUUUCUUCAGAACACCUUCAUCAUUCUCUUCAGACACUUCACGUAGAUCCUUAAGAACCUACAAUUACGGAGGCGCAGCAUGGGAAAAGAAGGUCCGUUCUUCUGCAAAAGUGACUUCCAAAAAUGGAGUCUCUGUGCUUGUAACCGGCGCUGCAGGUUUCGUCGGAAGCCAUGUCUCUAUAGCCCUUAAACGUAGAGGCGACGGUGUUGUUGGUAUUGACAAUUUCAAUGACUAUUAUGAUCCAAUGUUGAAACUCGGUCGCCAGGCACUUUUAGAACGAACCGGCGUGUUCAUUGUCGAAGGCGAUAUCAAUGAUCCAACACUUUUGAAGAAACUUUUUGAGGUAGUUCCUUUCACUCAUGUGAUGCAUUUAGCUGCACAAGCUGGUGUGAGAUAUGCUAUGGAAAAUCCUGGAUCAUAUGUUCAUAGCAACAUUGCAGGAUUUGUUAAUUUACUUGAAGUGUGUAAAUCUGCUGAACCACAACCUGCUAUAGUAUGGGCUUCUUCAAGUUCAGUUUAUGGAUUAAAUUCAAAAGUACCCUUUUCCGAAAAAGAUAGGACUGAUCAACCUGCUAGUUUGUAUGCUGCUACGAAAAAAGCGGGCGAAGAAAUCGCGCAUACUUAUAAUCAUAUCUAUGGACUUUCGUUAACCGGAUUGAGAUUCUUCACUGUUUAUGGACCUUGGGGAAGGCCAGAUAUGGCAUACUUUUUUUUCACUAAGGAUAUUUUGAGAGGGAAAUCGAUAACGAUUUUCGAAGGGCCGAACCAUGGAACUGUUGCUAGGGAUUUUACUUAUAUUGAUGAUAUUGUGAGGGGGUGUUUAGGAGCAUUGGAUACUGCUGAGAAGAGUACUGGUAGUGGUGGUAAGAAGAGGGGUACGGCACAGUUGAGGGUUUUUAAUUUGGGGAAUACUUCACCGGUACCAGUUACUGAUCUUGUUAGUAUUUUGGAGAGGCUGUUGAAGGUUAAGGCCAAGAGAAAUGUGAUGAAGAUGCCGCGGAACGGAGAUGUUCAGUUUACGCAUGCGAAUAUUAGCUAUGCGAAAAAAGAGUUUGGUUAUAAACCUACGACCGAUUUACAGACUGGUUUGAAGAAGUUUGUUAGGUGGUAUGUUAAUUAUUAUUCUGCUGGGAAGAAAGCUGAUGAGUGA